AUAUUUAUCACAAACAGAAGCGAACAAAAACACACUCAGCUGAGUUUAUCAAAUACAUAUAUAUUUCUGAUUCCUUCUCACAGAAUUAAUUUGUUACUUUGUGAGAAAAGAUUAUUUUACGUUCAUUGCCUAUUUAAGAGAGCAAUAUCAUUUGAGCUUGCAAGACAAAAACUACAAUCGAAAUGGAUAUUUGCAGAGAAUUCAAGACUGAAGCAAAGAAAUUACCAAGCAAGGGCGGAACAAGAGCAACUCUUUUUGUGUAUGGUGUGGCAGGGAUUGAUACCAUGGCUUUUAUUUCAAUUGGUGUGAGCCUGGUGACUUACUUCUAUGGGUAUAUGAACUUCAGCUUAACAAAAUCUGCCACUACUGUCACAAACUUCAUGGGAACCGCAUUCUUGCUCUCAUUAUUUGGAGCCUUUCUCUCAGAUACUUACUUCUCCAGAUUCAAGACUUGUGUUCUGUUUGGCAGCAUUCAAGUCUUGGGAUAUGCACUUCUAGCUGUUCAAGCGCAUUUUAGCCAACUCAGACCAUUUCCCUGCAAGAAUGUACCCUUAAGCCAAAGCAAUCAAUGUGAAUCUGCAGAUAUAGGCCAAUUGGCAAUCUUGUAUGGAGGCAUUUAUCUAAUAGCACUCGGAAACAGUGGUGUCAAAGCAGCUUUGCCAUCUUUGGGUGCUGAUCAAUUUGAUGAAAAGGAUCCAAAAGAGGCUGCUAAGUUAUCAAGUUACUUCAAUUGGCUACUGUUCUUUAUCACCGUCGGAACCAUGCUUGGUGUUACAUUUUUAGUCUGGAUAAGUGAUAGCCAAGGAUGGGAUUGGUCUUUUGGUGUCUGCUGUAUAGCAGUUGGUUUGGCAAUCCUGCUCUUAACCAUGGGAAACCCAUUUUACAGGAACAACAUUCCUAAAGGAAGCCCUCUUAUGCGUAUCACGCAGGUUUUCGUUGCAGCUUUUAGAAACAGAAAUCUCCAAUUACCACAAAACAAAGAAGAUUUACAUCAGAUCAAGAGUAGAGAACCUGAAAAUGGAAUUGAGAUUCUUCAAAGGACUGAUCAAUUCAAAUUUUUGGACAGGGCAGCCAUACUGAGGACAAAACAAGAAGCAUCUACAUCAAGUGCACAUGGACAAUGGAACCUCUGCACUAUUUCACAAGUUGAAGAAACAAAGAUUGUAGUCCGAAUGCUCCCAAUAAUACUGAGCACUGUCUUCAUGAACACUUGUAUGGCUCAACUCCAGACCUUCACUAUUCAGCAAAGUCUAACAAUGAACAGAAAAAUCCGAAACUUCGAGAUCCCAGGGCCUUCAAUAUCUGUAAUUCCACAAUUGUUCCAACUCUUUCUGAUCCCAGUCUAUGAUCGUAUUUUCGUUCCAAUAGCAAGAAAAUUUACAGGGAUCCCUUCUGGGAUUAGACAACUCCAACGUAUAGGUGUUGGACUAGUAAUUACAGCAGUUUCUAUGGCAGUAGCUGCAGUUGUAGAAAGUCACAGGAAAUCAGUUGCCAUUGAGCACAACAUGGUUGAUUCAGCCAGGCCAUUACCUAUGAGUGUGUUCUGGCUCGGAUACCAAUACGUAAUAUUUGCAACAGCUGAAAUAUUUACAUUGGUGGGGUUGCUUGAUUUCUUUUAUGCAGAGAGCACAUCAGGCAUGAAAUCACUGAGUAUGGCCAUUUCUUGGUCUUCUCUGGCAUUUGGGUACUUCACAAGCUCAUUGGUGGUGAGUGUAAUUAACAAGGUGAGUGGUGGCUGGUUAGCUAAUAACAACUUGAACAGAGACAAGCUCGACUACUUCUAUUGGUUGCUAGCAGGAGUCAGUGUGCUGAACGUGGGGUUUUAUUUACUGUGUGCAUCUUGGUAUAAAUAUAAGAAGCUAGAACUGAAUCGAGAAGAUGCUACCUCUGAUAAGAAGGCCAAGGGGAAAAUGGAAACAUGUGUUGUUUAAGAAAUAUUCUUCCUUAGUGUUUGACCUAAAUUAUAUAAUAUAAUAACAAUGUACUUAUUUCCCUAG